GUCGGGCUGUGUUUGCAGCCAGCGGCCAACCAUCAGUGUAGCAUGAAACGGCUAUCUGUCUCUCAGAAACUAUGCCACACAACCUAAAACUCCGGAAUACCUUUUGCUGUCUACCCUUCAAGGCUACCAAGAAGAUCAUCUACCCAGACAGGCGCUUAUACAGACGGAAAAGAGGGAGUGACGACUGAGGGGUAGAUGUAUCAUCAGGAGCGAGCACAGUAUGAAGAAAGCAGGCAGGCCAGUGGGGAAUAAGGCAGCAAAUGGAGGAGGUAAAGGCGACUCAGUGAUGGCCGGAAACUGUGCUGGCAAAAACACUGUUAAGAGCCCUACCUCAGCUCCUCUCUCCAAGGUGAAAAGCAAUGAUGAUCUUCUAGCUGCUAUGGCUGGUAGCAGUGCAGGCACAAACAGCAGUGUUGCCAAGGGCAAGAAGUCAACUUCUACUCACUCAACAUCCUGUGGAACAAACACUAAUAACCCUGACACCAAGACCAAGACCACCUCAGGCCCUUCUGGCAAACGGACAUCAUCCAUGACCUCCAAGGAGUCGAAUUCCUCACGAGAGCGUUUACGAAACUCCAGAAACUCCAGCAGUAAAAAGCAGUCGUCCACUGGUGCUUCGGAUCGAGCUCAGCCCAGGCAUUCCCGUGCACUGGCCCAGACCUCCGACUCUGAGAGCCGCAUGAGCAAAUCAAAGUCUGACGGACAGUUAAGUGAUAAAGUGGCCCUGGAGGCCAAAGUAAAAAAUCUGUUGGGUCUGGCCAAGAGCAAAGACGUGGAAAUCUUGCAGCUCAGGGGUGAGCUGAGGGACAUGAGGGUUCAGCUGGGACUGCCUGAGGAAGAUGAGGAGGAAGAAAGGCCACCCGAGAGAGAGGCGGCUGCAGUGAUUACAGCUGCGGAUGUGGAGUCCACAUUACUGCUCUUGCAGGAGCAGAACCAGGCCAUCCGUGGAGAGCUCAACCUGCUCAAGAAUGAAAACCGCAUGCUAAAGGACCGCCUCAAUGCUCUGGGCUUUUCUCUAGAGCAGAGACUAGACGGGGCUGAUAAGACCUUCGGCUUUCCCUCCAUCAGUCCUGAACUCUCCUCCGGAGGUGGUGGAGCUCAUGGAGACUGUGCCACUAUGGCCUCCUCUGUUGAGGGAUCGGCACCAGGCUCUAUGGAGGACCUCCUGACAGGAGGCCAGCGAAGUGGCUCAACGGACAACUUGGACAGCGAGUCCAGUGAGGUCUACCAAGCAGUGACCUCCAGUGAUGAUGCCUUGGACGCUCCUUCAGGCUGCGGUUCCUCAUCAUCCUCUGAGUCUGAAGGUGGACCUCCGGCCUGCCUCAGUUCCUCUCGUAAAGGAAGCAGUGGCAACACCAGUGAGGUGUCCGUGGCGUGCCUGACGGAGCGCAUUCAUCAGAUGGAGGAGAACCAACACAGCACAUCAGAGGAGCUCCAAGCCACUCUACAGGAACUGGCCGACCUGCAGCAGAUCACGCAGGAGCUAAACGGAGAAAACGAACGCCUGGGAGAAGAAAAGGUCCUGCUUAUGGACUCGCUGUGUCAACAGAGUGACAAACUAGAGCACUGUGGUCGUCAAAUAGAGUACUUCCGCUCGCUCCUGGAUGAGCAUGGUGUUGCCUACUCAGUAGAUGAAGACAUCAAGAGUGGCCGCUACAUGGAGCUGGAGCAACGCUAUGUGGAGCUUGCGGAAAAUGCCCGCUUUGAGCGCGAGCAGCUUCUAGGCGUGCAACAGCAUCUGAGUAAUACUCUAAAGAUGGCAGAGCAGGACAAUGCUGAGGCUCAAAAUGUGAUCGCAGCACUGAAGGAGCGUAACCAUCACAUGGAGCGACUUCUGGAUGUUGAAAGGCAGGAGCGAGCCAGCAUGGCGGCAGUGCUGGAGGAGUGUAAAGCUGCGGUCAACAACGACCAGGCUGACCUGAGUCGCUGUCGGGUCUUACUCGAGCAGGAGAGACAAAAGGUAGCAGAACUCUAUUCCAUCCACAAUGCUGGAGAUAAGAGCGACAUCCACCAGCUCCUGGAGGGGGUGAGGCUGGACAAAGAGGAAGCUGAAGCCAAAGCAGCCAAACUGCAGGAUGAUUUGGGCCAUGCUCGCUCUGAGGUGGCAUGUCUGCAGGACACACUCAACAAGCUGGAUGCCGAGUACAGGGACUUCCAGAGCGUAGUGCAAAAAGAGCUGGCCGAGCAAAAGAGGGCUAUAGAGAAGCAACGGGAUGACCUGCAGGAGAAAGAGACGGAGAUCGGAGAUAUGAAAGAGACCAUCUUUGAGUUGGAGGAUGAAGUGGAGCAGCACCGAGCCGUCAAACUUCAUGACAACCUCAUCAUCAGCGACCUGGAGAAUUCGAUGAAAAAGCUUCAGGAUCAGAAGCAUGACAUGGAGAGAGAGAUAAAGAUCCUGCACCGCAGACUCCGGGAAGAGUCUGCAGAGUGGCGUCAGUUUCAGGCAGAUCUGCAAACUGCUGUGGUCAUUGCUAAUGACAUCAAGUCGGAGGCUCAAGAGGAGAUUGGUGACUUACGGCGCCGCCUGCAAGAAGCCCAAGAGAAGAACGAGAAGUUGGGCAAAGAAAUAGAGGAAGUUAAAAACCGCAAGCAAGACGAAGAGCGUGGUCGUGUGUAUAACUACAUGAACGCUGUGGAGAGGGAUCUAGCUGCGCUCCGGCAGGGGAUGGGAUUGAGUCGACGACCGUCCACAUCUUCCGAACCAUCGCCCACCGUUAAAACUCUCAUCAAGAGCUUUGACAGUGCCUCACAGGGUCCUGGAGCUAACGCUACUGCUGUUGCUGCCGCCGCUGCUGCAGCCGCCGCUGCCGUCACCGUCACAAGCACAACCCCUACAGCCCCUUUACCAAGAACACCUCUGAGUCCCAGCCCAAUGAAAACCCCACCUGCUGCUGCCGUCUCACCCAUACAGAGACACUCCAUCACUGGCUCCAUGGCUGCUGCAAAGCCUCUCUCCUCACUUGCAGACAAGAGACCCAGUUACACAGACAUCAGCAUGCCAGCUGAACAUCUACUCAGAGCAGCCAACAGCAGUCGUCCAGCUUCAGCUCUUCAGAGAGUCUCAAAUAUGGAUACAUCAAAGGCCAUCACAGUGUCUCGGAGAAGCAGUGAGGAGCCGAAGCGGGAUAUCAGUGUUCCUGAUGGAGGUCCGGCUUCCUCUCUGAUAAGCAUGAGCUCUGCUGCGGCUCUGUCCUCUUCUUCCUCUCCCACAGCCUCCGUCAACCCCACAGCACGCAGCCGCCUUCGAGAGGAGCGAAAAGACCCUCUGUCAGCUUUGGCUCGGGAGUAUGGUGGUUCUAAAAGAAAUGCACUGCUGAGGUGGUGUCAGAAGAAGACGGAGGGUUAUCAGAACAUUGACAUUACUAACUUCAGCAGCAGCUGGAAUGAUGGACUGGCCUUCUGUGCUGUCCUUCACACGUACCUGCCUGCUCACAUUCCCUAUCAAGAGCUCAGCAGUCAGGACAAGAGACGAAAUUUCACCCUGGCCUUCCAAGCAGCAGAAAGCGUGGGCAUCAAGUCCACUCUGGACAUCAAUGACAUGGUCCAUACAGAAAGACCGGACUGGCAGAGUGUUAUGACUUACGUCACCUCCAUCUACAAGUAUUUUGAGACUUGAGCACAUGUCCAUUCACAAACUGCCACACCCAGUGCAACAAAUUUCCACCAACUAACCCGAGUUCAACUCUCCACCAUAUCAUCCAUGCCUAACCCUAGCACAAAGUCACAUUACGUUACACCCAUCACAAGGACAAAUUCCGUUAGCGUAUACUGAUAUGAUACUUUGAUAUUGAAUCUCAGCCGCUAACGCAGAAUGAGUUUGUCUUGAUGAUAGAGCUUCAGCUCACUGUUUGGAGACUCUUAACACUACAGACUUUACAUGGAAUUCUUGGUGUGGAUGAUCUGAGCCUGUGGAUUUGAAGUCAGUUGGACACGCUUGCGAACCCGUGCCUUUCGUCACCCUGAGUUCUUGUGUCCAGACAGCGUUUGGAGCAAGUCCUUCACCUUAAUUCACAACCGUGCAACAUGAGCGAGACGUGCGGAUUGCUCAAAGCAGUGCCUAAUGGAAAGAAGCACUUCACUAGAGGAGAAUCGUACACUAUAUAGCACACGAGAUUAGUAGCUUGAAAUUAUUUGAUCAUUUUUCAAAGCGAUUGCUUUGAAAUGGGCGCCUUUACAUAACGACUGUGACGGAUCUUGGCUUGAAAUACUACAUAUUAAAUAGGGAGGUCAGCAAUAAGCUUAUGUAGCCCGUUGAGCCAUUUCAUAUGACAUUAGUGCUGCUGACUAACAGUAAAAUACUGUAGUAAACACUAUAUUCGGAUUUGCAUGUACUGUCCAGUAUAUUAGUCCGAAAUGGUAUACCAAAAAUCAUGUCACAAUGUCUUCUUCUUUGUGACUCAGUUAAGCUAACUUCCUUCUGUACUAAUCGAAUGGUAUGUUCCUUCUCAGGAUAAGAAAGUCUUAUCGGUAUUUAUCAAUCAUAGUGUGAUUCCUGAUAUGUUAGCCGCACAUUUUAUCGUUUGCAAAGCACAGACAUCAUGCACUAAUUUAAGAUGUAAAUGAAGCUACAUUCCAGUGCAUUUGAGAAUUGAGAUAUAAGGAUUUUCUGCAGCGAGAAUAAUCAUAAUUGUCACGUAUAUCCUGUUUUCCAGCUGUGCUGAAUUCAGGCUUUGCUCUCUUUUCACACUUUGAAGCUUCCCGCCGUUCUGAAAAUGACACUUUAAAGGUAUUACACAUAUUAAAAUAACAAGGUUUGACUUUCACUUCUAAUAAUAGGAUAUUAAAUGUUUCCGUUUCAUAUUGUUUCAAAUAAUUCCUGUUCAAAUUCCAGGGAAGCAGACAUUUGUAGCUCUUGGUCAUCUUAGAGAAAGACAAACAAGCAGUUUCCCUGGUAAGCGUUCAAGAUUUAUUCCAAACUACAUUACAGUUCAGUAGUUUCCUUUUUGUUUUUAACAGUUACUUCACCUGUGGACCAUUGUUACAUAUUCAUUCGUCAUAAAUGACUCUGUAUUAAUCCAAAAUAGAGAAUGACCAAAUAUUUUAUUCAUGAGACUCCAUAUCAGUGUGAUUUGCUAAAAAAGAAGGCACAUGUUAAGUUGGACCUGCAUUCAGUAUACUUCUGUUUAAUGUACUUCCAUAAUAUUAAUAUAAAUGUAACAGCAGAAA